ACUCACAGUCAGAAAGUUGGUUUCUGACAGUAGAGUUUUAAAUAUAACGAGUACUGAUUUUGACGUCGAAUAUAAAAAAUAUAUAGUUUAAAGUAGUUAAAAUUUAGUUUAGUUUUAAGACUAAAGUUAUAUGAAUUAAAAUUAGUGCUUAAAAUAUAAGUUAAAAGAAGUGAAAGUAUGGAGGCUGAAAUCGUCGAGGCUGAAACAAUUACAAAAGUCGCAUGGACAGAAGAUCUACCAGAACCAAAGGCACCUCCUAAAGAUAAAUACCUAAUAUGUCAUAUAUUAUUUUUCCUGUUAGGUAUCGUGCACAUCUUGCCUAUUUCGUUCCUCGCAUCAGCAAAUAAUUUCUGGUUACACAAAUUUCGAAACGUAUCUGACACAACAGAAUCCGAUGAUAACCGAACAGCUUUGCAGUCGUACUUUUCCUCAGCAAGGUCUGUCAUCAACACGGUUCCAUGGGUUCUAUUGGGCAUAUGGAACGUGCUCUACGGCCACAGGUUCAAAAUGAUGCCGAAAAUAAUCGUUACUCUGAUUAUCGAGACUACCGUGUUUGCCAUUUUGACGGCUUUUGUCGAAAUAAACACCGAUAGCUACCAAGCUACAUUUUUUGGUAUUGCUUUGUUGAGUUCAGCUGUAUUAACUGCUGGAAAUGUUGUCAAUAUCUUCAGCUCCACGAUGCUCUAUCCCAAAUUCCCUCACAAUUACAUGAAAACUUGCAUGAUGGGAGAGGCUGCGAGUGGUAUCGUUUGCGAUAUUUUAAACGUCAUUUCCGUUGCCAUUUUCAGUGAUGUUAACGACGCAGCACUAAUGUACUUCCUAAUAGGAACUUUCAUUUUGGCGUUUACUUUAGGGCUCCUGCUCCUAGUGUCAAAAAUGGAAUUCUUCCAGUAUUGUAUAACCUCCUUCCCGGAAGAUAUUAAAAAGAAGAAAACGACAAACUCGGAUAUGAAAGUGGCCUUUAAAAAAAUAUGGAUCGGUAUACUAAUUUUAAUGCUGGUUAUGGGGGCCAUGGGAUCCACCCAUACCUCAAUAACGUCCCUUGUUGUAUCAGAGGGAAGUGGAGUUUGGGCAAAGAAAUAUUUCAGUCCUGUCGCCACAUUCUUAUUGUCUGAUAUCUUUCUGCUGCUCGGCAGAUUUGCCUCUUCAUAUAUCCCAGUGAAAAUCCCUGAACCAAUACUCUGCGCCUACUCGGCUUUCAACGCCCUAGUAUUCGUGCCUGCCAUAAUUUUCUGCAACGCCAAACCGAGAAAGCACCUCUCCGUACUGUUCCCGCACGAUUGGGAGUACGCCCUUAUCUUGGGCCUGUUCAUGCUGGGCAACGGUUACCUUUUUAAUACGGCGAUAACCAACAUUCCCAGGAAAACGACCAAAGAAGAAUCAGAAGUGGCUUUUAAUAUAUUUAACUUAUUUGUUGGUGUAGCUCAAAUGAUAUCUAAUCCUGUUGGAUUGUUAUUUGUGAAAUUGUUAUAAUUUAUUUUAUUUAUUUAUUGUACUUUUUAAACGUAUAGAAUCUAAGAUGUUUUUAAUAAAAACUAAUAUUAUUGUAAA